AUGGCAACCAUGCCGUUUGUCAGUGAAGGGAAGUGUGUGAGUGUGGAGUGGGAUUUCCUACAAGGACUACUGGCCAAGCCACCCACCCUUCCCUGUCUCCAGAACCUGCGUAAAGAGAAGUCUCGCAAUGCGGCUCGUUCACGGCGGGGGAAAGAGAAUUUCGAGUUCUUUGAGUUGGCCAAGAUGCUGCCUCUGCCCGGAGCCAUCACCAGCCAGCUGGACAAGGCCUCAGUCAUCCGGCUGACCAUAAGUUACCUGCACAUGCGCACCUUUGCCAGCCAGGGAGACCCGCCCUGGAGCCCUCUGAUGGAGGGAGACAGCCACUGCCGAAAAGUAAGACGAUCAUCUAAUUCUCUAGCCACUGACAUGUUUGAGCAGCACCUAGGGGCGCACCUCCUGCAGUCUCUGGAUGGCUUUGUGUUCGUGGUCAGUCAGGAGGGACGUUUCCUCUACAUCUCAGAGACAGUUUCUAUCUACCUGGGACUCUCACAGGUGGAGCUGACCGGCAGCAGUGUGUUUGAUUACAUCCACCCGGCGGACCACGUGGAGAUGGCCGAGCGGCUGGGAAUCAGGCCGCAUCUGAGGGCCGAGGCCGGCUGCCAUACGGGCCCCGAAAGCGCUUCCAGCUCCGCAUCCACCUCAUCCCUGGCUGGGACUCCUGAACCCGCUCCAUCUAGUCCUCAUUCUCCUGCUGAUGAUCCUCCCGACCGCGGCUACUUCAUCCGCAUGAAGUCCACGCUCACCAAAAGAGGCUUGCAUGUCAAGUCUUCUGGUUACAAGGUAAUCCAUGUAACGGGACGAAUCCGCUGCCGCCCUGCACUUGUGCCGGGCUCUGCACGCUCAGUGCGUCGACCGAUAGGUUUGGUUUCACUGGCUCACACCCUCCCGCCCUCCUCACUUAAUGAAGUCCGCAUGGAGAGCCAAAUGUUUGUCUGCCGAGUGAACAUGGACCUACAGGUCACAUAUUGUGAGAACAGGAUCUCAGAGUAUAUGGAUCUGACCCCUGCGGAGGUGGUGGGACACACCUGUUACCACUUCAUCCAUGUAGAAGACCUGGAAAACCUCCGGCACAGCCAUGAGGACUUGCUAAGGAAAGGCCAGGUGGUGACGGGUUACUACCGUUGGCUCCAGAGGAGAGGAGGCUACCUGUGGAUCCAGUCCAGUGCCACCGUCUCCAUCAACCACAAAGCCCCCCACGAACGCAACGUCAUCUGGGUCAACUACGUCCUGAGUCGAACAGAGUUGCCCGACACUCCUCUGGAUAUACUGCAGCUACCGGAGAAUGUGAGAGCAGAGCGACUUCGAGUCAGCUCGUCUCCCACCGACAGUUCCCCCCAGGCUCGAGGCUCCACAGGUUCGCAACCAGCAAAGAGCUCGGUGGGGAAGAGUGACCCCGACACUAAAGGCAGAGAUAAAUUUACCCCCGCUGCCAUCCAAUCAGAGGACAGGAGGAAGCGCCUGCUGAGGUCCGACCCCGAGGGUGCUCCUCCCGAAACCCGUCGCAGACUGGAGGAGCUCCGUCACGCAGAGGAGAGUGUAUCGGCCUCUUCUGACCUGGCGAGCGAAAGCGAGGGGGAGGAGGAGGAGGAGACAGAGUGGGACCAGGGGGGAAACAGUGACCGACUGAAAGAGGAAGACAGUGGAGCAGGUAAACAGAGUAGGGGAGGAGACACCCGAGGGGAGAGUGGGAGCAGGGUGCACAACGGCCGGGCUGUGAUCCAGCAACUGAAAAGCGUAGUGACCCCGUCUCCCCUGCCUGGAAGCCCCAGCAUCAAGACUGAACAUGAAGCCUUGACCACCGGGGGGCGUUGGGGGCCACACACACAGACCUCCAACUCCCGCACACACACCACUCAGCCUCAACCCUCCCAUGCACACACACCCUCCAGCAGCCUCAACGGCGACAGCCCCACUACCCCGAUCCCUGACUCUUCUUCCAGCAGUGAGGCCCCCCCCAAAGGGCUGUUCACUCCCCCUUCCCCUGCUCUUUCUCCAGCCAUGUCUGUGUCCUCUCCACUGCCUCGCGACGACAGGGCUGUGUCGGGGUUGGUCACUCGGAGCAGUGGUGGUGCAUGUAGCACUCCUGACUUUGAGCUGCUCCAGAGACUGGCAGCAGGCGGUGCAGCGGGGCGGGUCCUCUUCCACCCCCUUGCCCUCGGCCCGCAGGGUCCUCAGAGCCUCUACGCUCCCAGCACUAUCCGCUACGCUCCACCUGAGCUGCCCCCCUCUCACCACCACGGCAUUGAACACAGCGAUGGCCUGCAGCUACGCUCGGACCACCACAAGGGACCCCCGCCAGCCUUCUUUCCCCACCUACAGCGGUUGGCCGGCUUGCCACCCUUCAGUGGUUUCUCCCCGUCUGACAGCCCUUUCUCCUCCGGCCUUCCCUUCUGUAUGAACGGACUGAGGGGGGCUGCGGGCUCCGAGGAGGACUAA